CUCAACAGGUUUGUCCGACAGAAUCGACUCAAUGAAGUGAGUCAGAUCAGUAAAGCGAUUCAUAACAGACCAUCAAGGCACGGAGACGAAGCCUUUUGACGUCUGUCUGCUUUCUGAUUGGACGGAACAUGGGCUCGUGAGGAGUGAAAGGGUGGAUGGAGGCGAGUCUAAUAUGAUAUAAAGGCAGAGAGAAAAAAAGCGUGAAGGAAAGGGAGAAAGAAGGAAGGAGACAGAGGGGAGUGAACGAGUGAGAGAGAGAGAGAGAGAGAGAGAAAGGGAGCACGAGUCUCGUCUCGUCUCUUCUCCUCUCCUCUCCUCUCCUCAUCCCGCGCGCGCGCGUGCAUGUGUAUGGAUGACCACCUGAGUCUCCUCCGCUCUCCUCCGCCUUCCUCCUCCAAACACCGGGGCGACGGCACCCAGGUGAACCGCGGCUACACCGACACGGAGCGCGAGGACACCAUGACGGUGGUGGCGUGCGGCGAGAGCAACGUGGAGGAGCCCGCGCUCGAGCGCUACGAGCCCCAGCACGAGUGCUGCGAGCGGGUGGUGAUCAACAUCUCCGGGCUGCGCUUCGAGACGCAGCUCAAGACCCUCUCGCAGUUUCCGCAAACUUUACUCGGCGACCCGAAAAAGCGCAUGCGCUACUUCGAUCCGCUCAGGAACGAGUACUUUUUCGACCGCAACCGACCGAGUUUUGACGCCAUCCUGUACUACUAUCAGUCCGGCGGGCGCAUCCGGAGACCCGUGAACGUCCCCAUCGACAUUUUCUCCGAGGAGAUCCGCUUCUACGAGCUCGGGGAAGAGGCCAUGGAGAAAUUCCGGGAGGAUGAAGGAUUUAUUAAAGAAGAAGAGCGUCCUUUACCGACGCGCGAGUUUCAGAGGCAGGUGUGGCUCUUGUUUGAAUAUCCUGAAAGUUCAGGUCCGGCGCGCGCCAUCGCCAUCGUGUCGGUGCUUGUCAUUCUGAUCUCCAUCGUCAUCUUCUGCUUGGAGACGCUCCCUGAGUUCAGAGAGGAUGAUGACCGAGAACCAGCUGUCACCACCGCCACCAUGCUGAACUCCACCAGCACGGCUCUUCCGAGCCCGUUCUCGGACCCUUUCUUCGUCGUGGAGACGCUUUGCAUCAUCUGGUUCUCGUUCGAGCUCCUGGUGAGAUUCUUUGCGUGCCCGAGCAAGGCUACGUUCUCCAAGAACAUCAUGAACAUCAUUGACAUCGUGGCCAUCAUUCCGUACUUCAUAACGUUAGGGACGGAACUCGCGGAGCGCCAGGGGAACGGUCAGCAGGCCAUGAGUUUAGCCAUUCUCCGAGUGAUCAGACUGGUGCGCGUCUUCAGGAUCUUCAAACUCUCACGCCACUCCAAGGGCCUCCAGAUUCUGGGUCAGACGCUCAAGGCCAGCAUGCGGGAACUGGGCUUGCUCAUCUUCUUUCUCUUCAUCGGAGUCAUCCUGUUCUCCAGUGCCGUCUAUUUCGCCGAAGCGGACGACCCAGACUCAGGCUUCAACAGCAUCCCGGAUGCCUUCUGGUGGGCCGUGGUGACCAUGACCACGGUGGGAUACGGAGACAUGCACCCUGUGACAAUCGGGGGCAAAAUCGUCGGGUCGUUGUGUGCCAUCGCAGGCGUCUUGACCAUCGCUCUUCCUGUCCCGGUCAUCGUCUCAAACUUCAACUACUUCUACCACCGGGAGACGGAAGGAGAGGAGCAGGCACAGUACCUACACGUCGCAAGCUGCCAGCCACUCUCGUCCUCGUCCGAGGAGCUGAAGAAGACGCGCUGCUCGUCCUCAUCCUCGCUCAGCCGAUCCGAGUACAUGGUGAUCGAAGAAGGAGCCUUCACCCAGCCCAACUUCCCGUCUCAGAACAACCAGAACUGCGUCCAUAUCAAAAAGAUCUUUACAGACGUUUAAGACUUAUUUUAAUAACAAUGUAACAGACUGUAAUAACAGUAAUCAUCCUCCUUGAGUCGUGUGUGAAGGUUAGGCAUGACUGUGACCUCCAUUUUACGCUUGACAGGUGAGGAGAGACGUCGAAGCCCCCAUGUGUCCAUCUGCUCAUCCAUCUUACUGUGUGCUCUCAGUGUUAACUCGUUAGGAGACGCUAAAAGGACAAAUGCUAAUUACCUUCAUUUAAUGAUUAGUAUUAAGCAGAAGUGAUGUAAGCUAGUGUACUUGCAGUUUUAAUCAGUUUCUCUGCAUAAACACUCCACAGACAGAGAGAGAUAGACAGAGGGAGACAGACAGAGAGAGGGAGAGAUAGACCACUCAGUCUGGAGUUUAUAAUCGUAAUCCUAAAGUCUCAUUAUAAUAAUGGACUCGAAUAAUUUGGGUUAUUUUCCUGUCUUGUGUGUCGUCAGUAUUUCAUAUCAGUGUAAUAAUGAACACUGUUAUGCAUGUGUGUGCGUGAUUGACACCACACACACUCACACACACACACACACACACACACACACACAAACGCCUAAACAUUUUGAGUGCCGAAGGACAAGGGAAAGGUAUAAAGGAUAGAGAGGGAGGGAUAGAGACAGCAUCCAGCUUGCUCCUGGAAUGAUGAGGUCUCCAUAGUGACGCCGGUUUCCCCGGUAACCCGCUGCUGUUGCCAUGGCAUCCUGAUCGGUUUCAAGGGCGAGUCUCCAGAUGGCUGUGCCAUGAAUGAAUAAACGAGCCAGGAUGCACAAUGGAGUAAACAAACAUGCAACAGGCGUCCACACACUCCGAGAUGAAGUGCAGUAAACGAGGACGUCUUACGGAGGAGGAAUGUUUCUCGUGUUCUAAAGAGGAGACACUUCAUCACAUGAAGGCAGAGUGGAGUUAUGAAUGAAUGCUGACACACUCUUCCCGCCCCAUGGAGUGUGAACGCACAGUGCUAAGGAACAGCCAGGAAAGGGAAGAAGACUUCAGCUCAUCUUCAUUUGCCAAAUGGAGGGAUUCAUGGACGGUUCCCUUGGUCUUUUAGCCCCACUGGAGGAGGUGCCUUCAAAUCUGCCCUAGGCUCUGGACUUUUUCUUCAGACUGUUGCCCUUGACCUUUGCUUCAGACUUUUGGCCUAGCCUUUUACCAUAAUCUUUUGCCCUUGGUUGGUUAGUAAUAGACUUUUGCCCCUUGACCUUUGCUCUAGACUUUUGCCCUAGACCUUUACAUAGUCCUUUGCCCUGGACUUUUGUCCUUUGGUAUUUGCCCUAGAUUUUACACUAUGCUUUUGGCCAAGCCUAAUACAUAUAGUUUAACCCUGGACUUUUGCCUUACACUUUUGUUCCAGCCCUUUACCCCUGGUGUUUGCUCUAGCCUUUUGCCCUGGACUUGUGCCCUAGGCUUUUACCCCAGGGCAUUUAUCCUAGAUUUUUUUGCACUAGCCCUAGCCAUUGUUUUGUGCCAUAGCUGUUGUCGCAGCUUGUGCCGUACAGCUUAGCCCAGGACUUUUUCCUUUCAACAUUUAGCCUGGCCCUUUGCCCUUGGACGUUUGCCCUAGAUGCUGAUCCCAGACUUUUGCCCUAGAUGCUGAUCCCAGACUUUGGUCCUUGGACGCUGGCUGUAGCCUUUUUCCCUAGACUCAGAUCUUUACCCUUACUUCACCACUUGCCUUUCUUCAUCCUGUCAUUCCCCUCUCUCUAUCGUUCUCCCAAUUUCAGACUGUUACUUUAGGUGUGUGUGUGAGUGUGUGUGUGUGUGUGUGUUGCUCCUGCUGCUCUGCUGCUAUAAGUGUAAAGCCUCACUAAAGUGCCCCUUCUUGCCCUUUUCCCACUUUGUGUGCAGCGGGAGGAGGACGAAUGCUAGUUAUGCUAAUUCCAUCCCUUGUCAUGUGCUGUCAGGAUGUGAUGUCGUCAUUGACGUGGCUGUAUAAAAUGGAUAGAUGUAAACACA